GCACGAACGCGUCGCCUGAACUUCUGCCCAAGCGAUCCGUCACCAGCGUGACCCCGUCCUUCACGACGUCCAGCCCUGAACGAAUCGAUGUUUGCUGACCGUGAACAAGAAGAAAGAAACUGGAAUGUCAGGCGAACCUUCAGUAAAUCAUCCUGACUGUAGCAGGGUCAGACAGCAGGAGUAGCCGGAGGACAGAGGUGUGUGAGACACACAGAGUAUCUAUUGGUUCAGGACCUCCAGGCGUGUGAUGAUUUAUAGUGAUGAAGACUGUUAAAACCGUGGAGCUGUCAGAACUGAAUCAUCACAGGACAAAGAGACGCACUGCUGGACAUAAUGAAGAACCCACGUCCACUCCACGUUGUUACUCCACUGAGAGAGAGUGUGUGUCUGUCUAAUCUGAUAGGUGCUGCUGUUUAUCUGAAGCUGGACUCCUGUCAGCCCACAGGCUCCUUCAAAAUCCGUGGCAUAGGUCACCUGUGUAAAACGUGGGCAGAGAAAGGAUGUACUCGAUUUGUCUGCUGCUCAGGAGGCAACGCUGGCAUGGCUGCUGCAUACUCGGGACGGAAGUUAGGAGUGCCUGCGACUAUAGUGGUGCCCACCGCCACCCCUUCUGGCACCGUGCAGAGACUUAAAGACGAAGGGGCCGACGUGCUCGUUCACGGCAAGACACUGAAUGAGAGCAUCGAAUUUGGCCGACAGCUGGUAUCUAACAACCCAGACUGGGUGUUCAUCUCUCCUUUUGACGACCCCCUGAUUUGGGAGGGACACACGUCGCUGGUGAAGGAGCUGGAGUUUCAGCUGGAUGAGAAGCCUGGAGCAGUGGUUCUGUCGGUGGGUGGAGGUGGCCUCCUGAAUGGAGUGGUGGAAGGUCUCCGUCGUGCCGGCUGGGAGGACGUCCCCGUUAUCGCUAUGGAAACCGAAGGUGCUCACAGCCUUAACGCCGCCGUGAGGGCCGGAGAGCUGGUAACACUGCCAUGUAUAACCAGUGUUGCUACCACGCUGGGUCUGGCACAGGUCUCAUCUCAGACUAUGAAGCUUGUAGCUGAACACCCGGUUCACUCCGAGGUGGUCACGGAUCAGGAAGCUGUCCGGGCAGCUGAGCAUUUUAUUGAUGAUGAAAAGAUUUUGGUAGAACCCGCUUGCGGUGCUGCUCUGGCAGGCAUCUACUGUAACGUCAUCAACCGUCUGCAGGAGGAGAAGAAGUUACCUGAGAAACUGGGUCCAGUGGUGGUCGUGGUGUGUGGUGGUAACAACAUCAGUCUGGAGCAACUACAGAGACUGAAGAAGCAGCUGGGAAUGAUCGUCUAGACACAUGAAAAGGUUUUUAAAGAUUUGCAUGUAGAAACAAAGAAGCAAAAACCCCUUAUUUAAAUGAUCAUUUUUAUUGAAGUUAUUGAUUGAUUUUAUUUUGUGUAUCCUGUAUGAAAUAAAGUAUUAUUACAUUGGGUUCAGUUA